AGGCCAUAACCGUGGAUAAUAGAGAUAAUCGCUGCUUCAUGUGGGCAGUUCUGUCCGCCCUCCAUCCUGUACAGAACCACCAUCAACAUGCCUCCCGACAUGAACACUAUGAGUCGUUUAUUUCUACUCUCAAUUUUACCGGAAUUGAAUUCCCCGUGAGACUGCAAGACGUAUCUAAAUUUGAGAAACUGAACGGACUCUCUAUCAAUGUAUACGGACUAACGGAGAAUGAUAAAGUAUAUCCCCUAAUCAUUACGGAUGAAGAGAAAUCUCCCCAUGUCGACCUGAUCUAUCUUACCAGUGCAUCAUCCUCUCACUACGCCUGGAUUAAAGACUUGUCCAGACUACUUUCUAGUCAAUAUUCCAAACACAAUGGAAAGCGACUCAUCUGCCGCCGUUGUUUGCAGUUUUUCACAACGGAACCAGUACUUACACGCCAUCAGUUGAGCUGUAGUCAGCGUGAAGCUGUCAGAGUGCAGAUGCCCGAAGACAAGUGGCUGUCUUUCAAGAACAUGAAGCAUACCCAGCCAGUCCCAUUCGUCAUUUAUGCCGAUUUCGAAUGCCUCACAAAGCCAGUAGAUUCUUGUCAGCCUAACUCUAAAGAGUCAUACACCGAAACCAAUCAAAAACACGAGCCCAUUAGCUUUUGUUAUUAUAUCACAUCAACAAUGGGACCGUACAAGGAACCAUUCGUCUAUCGCGGACCUAACGCAGAGAAAAUGUUCAUGGAGCGCAUGAAAUUAGAAGCUGCCGAUAUCCACCGGAUCUACAAACACCCGCUGCCAAUGGAUCCUCUAACAGAAGAGGAGCAACGAGCCUUCGACACAGCAACACAUUGCUACUUAUGCCAGGAAAAGUUCUCUAAAAACAACUACAAAGUAAGGGACCAUGACCACCAAACCAAAAAGAUACGUGGGGCGGCUUGCAAUACCUGCAACUUAAAAGCAAGAACUCCUAAUUUCAUACCGGUCAUCUUCCACAACUUGUCCGGAUAUGACAGCCACCUCUUCAUCAAGGAACUGGGUGGGGAUGACGGAGAUAUUACUGUUAUCCCAGAAAAUACCGAGAAGUACAUCUCCUUCUCAAAGCAAGUCGGAAAACAUUUAAGUCUUCGAUUCUUGGACUCCUUUCGAUUUAUGGCCAGCAGUUUAGAUCAACUCGCUCGUAACUUGACGGAGGAUCAAUUUAAAUUGAUCCAAAGAUAUUUCUCAUCUGACCACCUUGCUCUACUUCUGCGAAAGGGAGUGUACCCAUACGAUUACAUCAACCACGCGGACAAGUUUAACGAAACUGUCUUACCUCCUCAAGAAGCCUUUUACAACCGCCUGAAUGAGACGAAUAUCACCGCGGAGGAUUACGAACACGCUCAAAAAGUUUGGGAAGUCUUCCGUUUGAACAGCCUAGGCGAGUAUGCUGACUUAUACGUCAAGUCUGACGUAUUACUGCUGGCAGACAUCUUUGAAAAUUUUCGGGAUGUUUGUAUGAAAACGUACGGGCUAGAUCCGGCCUGGUAUUACACUGCCCCAGGCCUAUCAUGGGACGCCAUGCUGAAGAAGACCGGAGUUCAGCUGGAGCUAUUGCAAGACUAUGAUAUGCUACUUUUUUAUAGAGAACGGGAUUCGAGGUGGAGUUUCCCAAUGCUCCCAUCGAUAUGCAAAAGCCAAUAACGUCUACAUGGAGGAGGAGUAUGAUAAAAACCAGCCAUCA